AUGUCAGCAUCCACUGCAUUCGAUAUGCAUCCACAGCUACGACUCGCUCGUUCCGGUGCUUUUACUUGCAUUGCUUGCCGUGUGGUCUUUCCAACAAGCGAGCGUCAAAGAAGCCAUUGCCGUACCGAUUGGCACAAGUACAAUUUGAAACGCAAGAUUGCAGACUUGCCUCCUGUUGACGCUGAACAGUUUGCACAAAAAGUACUUGCACAACAAGCACUUCACCGUGAAGAAGAAGAACGCCAAGGUUUAAGCUACGAGUGUUCAACAUGCCGUAAGACCUAUACGUCUGAGAAUGGCUAUUACAACCAUAUGCAAUCGAAGAAGCAUCGAGAAAUGGAAGUCAAGCAAGAGAUUAUGGGAAUGCAUCCACAAAGAAAACCUGUUCAAGUGGGCCCCUUGUUUUCAGAUAUCUCGGAUAUCUCGGAUCAAUCCGAUUUGGAGGAUGAGCACAACAUGGCAACGGGAUGCAAGGAUCCAGCAGGACUAUGUAUCUUUUGUUUAUUCCCAAGCAAAGAUUUGGAUGACAAUAUCGAGCACAUGUGUCGAGUUCAUGGAUUCUUUUUACCUGAUUGCGAGUAUCUUGUGGAUCAACGAGGAUUGAUUCUUUAUCUGGCGGACAAGAUUGAGCACGAUUACACAUGUCUCUAUUGCAACGGACGUGGGAAGGAAUACAAGAAUCCACAGGCGGUGCGGGCACACAUGAUGGACAAGGGCCAUUGCAAAAUGGCAUACGAUGAUAGUGAGGAUCCUGCGGAGCUUUUGCACUUUUAUGAUUUCGAACCUCUACAAGAGGCGGCCCAUACUACGGUUUCAUCGAGUAACGAGCUUGUUCUUCAAAGCGGACAUCGUUUAGGUCACAGGCACGACCUCAAAUUCUUCAAGCAACGAUUACGGAGGAAUAAUACGGAGCAAGUUUUGGAUAAAACCAAGGCAAUUGAGGAUGCUGAGAGAUUGGCACGUGAGCAAGGAUUAACACGCAAGGAAAGACGGCACCUUUUGGCUAUUACCGAUGGACGGACAAAGCCUCAAUCAGGUGAUAAUCGUAGCAGCAAGAUUGAUGGUAUUCGCGAGACUAUUGUACAACAAGGUUUCCAGCGGCAGGUCGCAUUGAAGCAGAAUCUGAAUACAACACUUAGAGCUCGCUGCCAAGUUCCUAAAUAG